CGGUUUCGGAAACCGAUAUCCGAUACGAUAACAUUCAAAUCCCGAUACCGCUACAAGCCUUCCUCUUUUAUGUUAACUUCCCCGCCCUCCACCACCCCCCAUUUCUCUCUUUUUCGUUCCGGCGAAUUUCCUCGGUUGUGGUUCGGUUUCUUCUCGAAAAAAAUGAUCGUCUCUGCCCUUCUCACUUCCGUCGGCAUCAACUUGGGGCUCUGCGUGCUGUUGUUUGCGAUUUAUUCCGUCCUCAAAAAGCAGCCGGGGAACAUCGAGGUCUAUGCACCGAGGCUAGUUGUCGAGGGGAAAGCGCAGAGAAGUAGGGAGUUUAACUUGGAUAGGCUUGUGCCGAACCCGGGAUGGUUGAGGAAAGCAUGGGAGGAAGAGGAGUUCCUGGCUUCAUGCGGUUUGGACGCUCUCGUCUUCAUAAGGAUCUUCACCUUCUGUUUGAAAGUAUUUUCUGUUGCUGCGGUUUUAGGGAUGUUUAUUCUUCUUCCCAUAAAUUAUUUCGGGGACCAGCUUCGUGAAACUGAUUUCACUGAUCUUCAAAACAAAUCACUGGACUUGUUCAACAUUUCAAAUGUAAAGGAUGGCUCAAAGUGGUUAUGGGCUCAUUUCUCUGCUGCAUAUGUUAUCACGGGAGUUGUAUUAUAUCUGUUACAUUCUGAAUACAAGUAUAUUUCUCUUAAAAGGCUUGAACAAUUCAAUGCAUCCAUGCCACAACCUCAACAAUUUACAGUUGUUUUUAGUGGUAUUCCUUCACAUAGUGGGUGUUCCCUCAGUGAAACUAUUGACAAUUUCUUCAUGGAGUACCAUCCUUCGACUUACUUAUCACACGUAGUUGUUCACCGAAAAAAUAAGCUUCGAGGUCUCAUUAGAGAUACUGAGAAAAUAUAUAAAAGACUCGGUCAUCUAAAAUCGAGGAGUUAUAAUUCACCAGACUCUGGACAACGAGAUGGUUUCUUUGGUUUGUUCGGGAAAAGGAAGAAUUUAACAGAACAUUAUUCCAGGAGGUUGGAAGAUCUAGAAGAGAAUGUGAGACUACAUCAAUCUAGUUCUUCUGCAACUGUAGAGGAAGUUUCUGCUGCAUUUGUCUGCUUUAAAUCACGUUAUGGUGCUUCAACGGCACUCCACAUUCGACAAUCUGUUAAUCCUACUGAAUGGGUAGCGGAGAAAGCUCCCGAACCACAUGAUGUUUAUUGGCCUCUUUUUUCUUCAUCGAUUAUAAGGAGAUGGAUUUUCAAGCUAUUGGUCUUAGUGGCGUCGAUUAUUCUGACAAUUUUAUUCCUGCUUCCAGUUGCAUUUGUCCAGGGACUUACCAAUUUGGAUCAGUUAGAGACGCUGUUUCCUUUUCUGAAAAACAUACUCCAGAUAUCUGUUGUUAGUCAAGUAAUAACGGGAUAUCUUCCUAGUCUCAUUCUUCAGUUGUUUUUCUCCAUUGUGCCUCCAAUCAUGAAGAUUUUCUCUACAAUGCAAGGAAAUAUCUCCCAUAGUGGGAUUGAAAAGAGUGCAUGCAGUAAAAUGCUCUGGUUUACGAUAUGGAAUGCUUUCUUUGCAAAUGUUCUUACUGGAUCUGUUACUAGCCAAUUUCAAAUAUUCUUUGAACCAAAGGUUAUUCCUUGGAAACUAGCAGUUAAUGUGCCAACACAAGCCACCUUUUAUAUAGCGUAUGUUGUGACAUCCUGGACAAGUUUAUCAAAAGAACUCACGCGCGUGGUUGCUCUUCUUUGUGAUUGGAUAGGUGAUUGUUCAGGAUGCUUUGAUGAUGAACUGCAAGCACCCUCCAUGACUUACCACAGUGAAAUUCCCAGAAUUCUGUUAUUUCUACUUAUCGGGCUCAUUUAUUUCUUGUUAUCCCCGUUGAUUCUUCCAUUUAUAUUGGUAUUCUUCUGCAUUGGGUAUAUAAUCUAUCGAAAUCAGCUAUUAAAUGUGUAUUUGCCCAAGUAUGAAACCGAUGGACAGUUUUGGCCUAUAGUUCACAAUUCAACUAUAUUCUCGCUAAUAAUUAUGCAGACUAUGGCAUUUGGGAUAUUUAGCCUGAAGAGGCUUCCUCUUGCUUCAAGUCUUCUUUUGCCACUUCCCGUGGUCACACUCGUAUUUCAUGGUUAUUGCCGAAAACGAUUCCAACCUACCUUCCAGGCUUUUUCGGCGGAGACAUUAAUAAAAAAGGAUCGAAGCGAUCAAAACGAUCCGGAAAUGAACGAGUUCUUCAAUAGACUGAAAACCGCCUAUAAUGACCCGCCUCUUGUUUCUAAAGAUCGGUCACAGUAUGACAACGGCGACGACGAUGGUGACGGCGAUGAUCGAAGCACUCCACUGCUAUCUUCUUCGGCUCAUUCUUGAUAUCGGCUCUGUUCUCACUUCAGCAACUUGAAUGCUAUAUCAUUUUGGAGCUAAACUGUGGCGGGCAUUAUCUCAGGUUUUGCAAUCAGUGGAUGAAAUGUUGUUUUUUUCCUACUUCAAUGCAUAUUUUGAUUGUUUUGUGCCUGUUUGUUGUUUUGCCUAAUGAUUUUCCCCUCCUGUAAAUUAUAUUUAUAUAUAUUGUAUUUU